AUGAGUAAUAAUCACUACAAUCAGCAAUCUAAUUACUCCUAGCAUCAAGAUGAGUUUAAUAAGGGCUAGGUAGUGAUUUAGGCAGAUUAGCUUUUGGAUGGCUUGCUACAUAAUCUAAACGAGACGAGGAAGUUGCUUAAAAGAUAUAAAAAUGUUAAAUAAUAGCACAUUUACUAAGCAGCUCAUUCCUUCAACUAAAACUUGAAUUAAUUUGAAGGAUUUCUUGAUCAAAAUUAGGCUCUUCUUAACAAUGUUCCUUUGAAAUUUGGAUUAUAGCAUACAGACACAGACCAAGAUAAAAAUCCCCUUUUGUCUAGAAAAUUCACAAAUGUAAAGGAAGUAAUGAAUGAAAAAACUAAUGAGCUUGCUUAUGAAAAUCAAUUAGCGAGGGGUAAAAGUAAUGCCUUAAAAAUAUUCAAUCAGCAAAUGAAUGAAGUGUUUAUGUAGAACCCUGACUUGGUGAUUGAAGAGUAAUUAGAGAUAAAUUUAGCUGAAAAUAUUGAAAAUGGCGGUGAUAUUUAAAUGAAUGAUAGUAUUGGCUUGGACCUCGGUGAUCUCGGAGGAGACAUGGAUGAUCUAAACUUCAACAUAGAUGUUAAUGAUAAUUAUGAUUUUGAAUUGUGA